AUGCUGAACUGCGGCCUAGCACAGCAGUCGAGGCGCUGCGGGCACCUUCGCUUCCUGAGCUGCAAGAUUCCCUCUGACACCAGCAGUGACCCCAGGCUGGCUUAUGAAAACCCCUGGACGAUCCCAAACAUACUGUCGAUGGCGAGAAUGGGCUUGGCGCCGGUUUUAGGCUAUUUGAUCGUCGAGGAGAAUUUCAGCGUUGCACUCGGCGUGUUUGUUUUGGCUGGCGUCACGGAUUUGUUGGAUGGAUUUAUUGCACGAAACUGGGCUAAUCAGAAAUCAGCUUUGGGAAGUGCUCUUGAUCCUCUGGCUGAUAAAAUUCUCAUCAGUGUGCUCUACGUAAGCCUAACUUGUGCAAAUCUUAUCCCAGUUUCACUUACUUCCAUGAUCAUUCUGAGGGAUGUGGUGCUCAUUGCUGCUGUUUUUUAUGUGCGAUACAAAACUCUUUCUCCACCGAGAACACUCAGUAGGUAUUUUAACCCUUGUUAUGCUACUGCCCAAUUAAAACCAACAUUCGUUAGCAAGGUAAGAGUAGUAACACAGCACGUGCUAGUCUUCAUUUUGGUCACAUUUCCUGUCUUCGUGGACAGCGUGUAUCUGCAGACGUUAUGGUGCAUCACAGCUCUCACAACAGUAACAUCUGCGUACAGCUAUUACCACUAUGGCCGAAAAACGGUUCAGGUGAUAAACGACAAAUGAAGUAUUCCUGAAGGGACCGGGUCGCGGCAGCGUGGCGUGCUGUACUGCCGAAGGGGGUCGUAAGGCGACUGAGCUUUGGAUCAAGGACUUCUGUUUUUCUGCUUAAACUGUGGCAUCACAAUGAAGUGAAGUUUGAACAUGUACUGUGUAUAUAGACAGAGAGAGACUUUUCAAUGUAUUUUUAAUUUGUUUAAAAAUAAGGUUGUUUACAAAAACAAAUA